CCCGAUGUUAUUUUCGCGUCAGCAACGCCCCUCAUGGCUGGCAAAGUUAAAACGCCCAACAUGGGGCACUCGUGGACCUGCUCAGUUGCCCAGUCGAUCCAAAUCCCCUAGAAGCAUGCCACGUCCUCAGACUUCGGUGGGGGAAACAUGACUCGAGAACGCGCGUCUACUGCCGGCCGGCCACUUCCCGCGCGGGGGGUUCGACCGGCGGACGUCCAUCGGACAGAGGAGCAUUCUGGUCAAUGCGGAACAAUAUGGCGGCUUGGCGUUGAUGUUGGAGAUGGAACACUUGCCGUGGGUAUCCCAGGGUGAGAGCAAACCGCAGCAACAACAAAAUGCAACCCGACCUCGAGGGGAGGUAUAUAACCCACUCAUCCUUGACUUGGAUUACCUUAGUUCUCGGGUUUGCCCAAGACCUGCUUACUUCGGACAUACCUUCCUCUGUUUCUGGACUGGGAAUCUGAUCGAAAACCGAACACCGACUCGCCGGAUAUCAGGGCCAUUCUCACAUCAGAACAACUGACCAUAUAACUUUACUGUC